CAUCGCCUGCCCUGUGCCCUGGACGGUGCCCCUACAGCCAUGAACCAAGCCUUUUGGAAGACCUACAAAUCAAAGGUGCUGCAGACCCUGGGUGGAGAGUCCGGGGAAGAGCUAUCAGAAGAGACAGAGAGUCCAGUGCUAGCAGACCAGGAAGCUGUGCAGCUGACAGAGGAGGCCAGCAACCCCAUGUCCCAGCUGGCCCGAAGGGUCCAGGGAGCUGGAGCUAAAGGCUGGAGGACAAUGUCAUCCUUGUUCAACAAAGAAGAUGAAGACAAGUUGUUGCCUUCGGAACCCUGUGCUGACCAGUAAGAGGGGACUGGGAAGUGCUGCUCACGUGGCUCCUCCUGACCUCAGGCUGGGGCAUGGGGAGAAGGGAGGGUGACUUUGUACCUAUACGAUGAGACCUUCCCUCUCUGGCCUUUCUAAGCAUAUCCCAUCUGAGGCUGGAUUUGGGACUGAUCUACUCUGUGUCUGUGGGUUUGUGUUCACGUCUCUGAGUCCUGGCCCAAGUCUGGGUGCAUGCUUGUUACUCUCCCUCCAAGUUCAGAGAGGGGGCAAGUUGAUGGCUCUCUUGGGAAGAUCACUGCUUCAUCUUGUCGAUGGAUGGCCUGCCAAAGUCUGGCUGGGCAGCCUCUUCCCUCAGCCAUCUAGAAAAGUACCAUCAUGCCCAGGGAGAUAAGAUGAUCUUGUAGUGGCCUUCCUUCCUUCCUUCCCUCCUUCCUCAU